AUUAACUUAACAUCACCCAAAAUAAAAGCUUUGGUUGUGGAUGCCGCGUGAAUAACGGGUAUAUCACACAAAAAAAAGUCACAAACCCACCGACACUCGUAUAUAUUCAUUCACCACUCACCCAUUCAAGCAAGUCAUAUUAUCUUGGCAAAUUACACUAUCUUUCUUUGAAUUAAGAAAUGGAUCGGCGCUCAGCUUAUACUUCUGAGAAUUAUGAGGAAGAUGAAGGUCAGAAUCAGUAUCGCGAGAGAAAACCCACCACUGGGACCAGACACAAAGCUGCUGCCAAACCAGCUUACACUUCUGCUGAAGAUUAUGAAGAAGAAGAACAAGACCAGGAUCAAUAUCGCGAGAGAAAGCCCGCCACUGGGACCAGACCCAAAGCUUCUUCGAGACCCUCCACAGCUUACGCUUCUGCUGAAGAAAACGAAGAUGAAGAGCGAGAUCAGGAGGAUCAGUAUCGCGACAGAAAGCACACCACUGGGACCAAACCCAAAGCUGCGAAACCAUCAGCUUACGCUUCCGCUGAAGAUGAUGAGGAUCAAUAUGGCGGGAGAAAAGCUAGCAAUGUGACCAAAGCCAAACCUGCAAAGCCAUCCGCAGCUUACGGUUCUGCUGAAGAUUAUGAGGAGGAAGAUCAGGACCAAUACCGCGAGAAAAAAGUGGCCGCUGGGGCCAGAGGCUAUGGCCAUUCCGACAAGCAUGCAGCUGCGGCGAAACCAUCGACGGCCGAAGGUUAUGAGGACGAAGAAUAUCAGGAGGAUCAAUAUCGCGAGAGGAAAGCGCCCACCGGGACGGUGACCGGGGCCCACCCGGACAAACAUGCAGCGGGGGGGAAGCCAGCCAAAGGCGCGAAGCCAUCGACCAGCGAGCUGAUGUCCAGCGCCAAGAUUAUCGCCGGAGUAGCGAAAGGCGAGAAGGUGGACAAGGCCAAGGUCUGCGAGGCUGCGAGCAACAUCCUAGACGCUGCCUCUUCCUACGGCGGGCUCAAUGAGAAAGAAGGCCUCGGCAGCUACGUCAGCAAGGCCGAGGAUAUGCUCCGCAAGUACGGCAGCGGCGGAAGCGGCGGAGGAAGCGGUGGUGAAACUGCGGGAAAGGAAAAAAAGCAGCAUGAUUCGGGCAGCGGUGAGCAUGAGACCAAGAAGAAACCCAGUAAAAACGAUGAGGAUGAGGGCGGAUCUGGUGGAUUUGGGGAUUAUUUUAAGGUGGCUCAGGGUUUCUUGAAGGGUUGAUUAUGAAAAAGUGAUGAUUAAUCACUAAUUAUGUUAUGUGGCCUUAAUUCUGUACUUAAGUUUUGGGCCUUGUUCUGCUGUUUUAGAGGCCCUCUGUUUGUUUUUCCUAUUUUUGGUGUAGUUUUUGUUUGUGCUGGCCUGGCCUAGACUUUUUAGUCUUGGGCCCGCCUUCUUGUGUAAUGUGUUCGAUGAAUAAUGUACUGUAGAUUAAUUUGCCA